ACAGGCCCGCUGGGCGACCCGGAAGUGUUCCCAUUUUGCGUCGUCGGGGCUCGGCGGCGGCCCGGCUCGGGGCGGACGUACAAGCAUGGGGUCGUCAAAGAAGCACCGCGGAGAGAAGGAGGCGGCCGGGACGACGGCUGUGCUUCUCAUUCCAGCUGCCAGCUCCAAAACUAGCUCAGGAGAUGCCUCCUCACUCAGCAUCGAGGAGACCAAUAAACUCCGGGCAAAGCUGGGGCUGAAACCCUUGGAGGUCAAUGCCGUCAAGAAGGAGGCGGGCACCAAGGAGGAGCCCGUGGCAGCCGAAGUCAUCAACCCCAUGGCCUUGCGACAGCGAGAGGAGCUGCGAGAGAAGCUGGCGGCGGCCAAAGAAAAGCGCCUCCUGAAUCAAAAGCUGGGGAAGAUAAAGACCCUGGGGGAGGACGACCCCUGGCUGGACGACACUGCGGCCUGGAUCGAGAGGAGCCGGCAGCUUCAGAAGGAAAAAGACUUGGCAGAGAAAAGGGCCAAGCUGCUGGAGGAGAUGGACCAAGAGUUCGGUGUCAGCACUCUGGUGGAAGAGGAGUUCGGGCAGAGGCGGCAGGACCUGUACAGUGCACGGGACUUGCAGGGCCUCACCGUGGAGCAUGCCAUUGACUCCUUCCGGGAAGGGGAGACUGUGAUCCUCACGCUCAGGGACAAAGGUGUGCUGCAGGAGGAGGAGGACGUCUUGGUGAACGUGAACCUGGUGGAUAAGGAGCGGGCAGAGAAAAACGUGGAGCUGAGGAAGAAAAAGCCUGACUAUCUGCCCUAUGCGGAGGACGAGAGCGUGGAUGACUUGGCACAGCAAAAACCCCGCUCUAUCCUGUCCAAGUACGAUGAGGAGCUCGAGGGCGAGCGGCCGCACUCCUUCCGUUUGGACCAGGGCGGCAUGGCCGACGGCCUUCGGGAACGCGAGCUGGAAGAGAUCCGGACCAAGCUGCGGCUGCAAGCCCAGUCCCUGAGCACGGCGGGGCCCCGGCUCGCCUCCGAGUACCUCACGCCCGAGGAGAUGAUAACCUUUAAAAAGACCAAACGGAGGGUGAAGAAAAUCCGCAAGAAGGAGAAGGAGGUGGUAGUGCGGGCCGAUGACCUGCUGCCUCUUGGAGACCAGACUCAAGAUGGAGACUUUGGUUCCAGAUUGCGGGGCCGGGGUCGGCGCCAAGUUCCUGAGGCAGACGAGGAGGCCCAGGAGGAGGACGAGGAGAAGGAACCCGUUCCUCAGCCACCCCAGUCAGAUGACACUCGAGUGGAGAACAUGGACAUCAGUGACGAGGAGGAGGGCGGAGCAUCGCCAUCUGGGUCCCCAGAGGCGCUGGAGGAGGACGAGGCAGAGCUGGAGCUGCAGAAGCAGCUGGAGAAGGGGCGCCGGCUGCGGCAGCUGCAGCAGCUGCAGCAGCUGCGAGACAGCGGUGAGAAGGUGGUGGAGAUCGUGAAGAAGCUGGAGUCCCGCCAGCGGGGCUGGGAGGAGGAUGAGGACCCGGAGCGGAAAGGUGCCAUCGUGUUCAAUGCCACGUCCGAGUUCUGCCGCACCCUGGGCGAGAUCCCCACCUACGGGCUAGCCGGCAACCGGGAGGAGCAGGAGGAGCUCAUGGACUUCGAACGGGAUGAGGAGCGCUCGGCCAAUGGCGGCUCUGAAUCUGAUGGAGAGGAGAACAUCGGCUGGAGCACAGUCAACCUGGAUGAAGAGAAGCAGCACCAGGAUUUCUCUGCCUCCUCCACCACCAUCCUGGACGAGGAGCCCAUCGUGAACAGAGGGCUGGCAGCUGCCCUGCUCCUGUGUCAGAACAAAGGGCUGCUGGAGACCACGGUGCAGAAGGUGGCUCGGGUAAAGGCGCCCAACAAGUCCCUGCCGUCAGCCGUGUACUGCAUUGAGGACAAGAUGGCCAUCGAUGACAAGUACAGCCGGCGGGAGGAGUACCGGGGCUUCACCCAGGACUUCAAGGAGAAGGAUGGCUACAAGCCUGAUGUUAAGAUCGAGUAUGUGGACGAGACGGGCCGGAAGCUCACACCCAAGGAGGCUUUCCGGCAGCUGUCCCACCGCUUCCACGGGAAGGGCUCAGGCAAGAUGAAGACUGAGCGGCGGAUGAAGAAGCUGGACGAGGAGGCGCUCCUGAAGAAGAUGAGCUCCAGCGACACGCCCCUGGGCACCGUGGCCCUGCUCCAGGAGAAGCAGAAGGCCCAGAAGACGCCCUACAUCGUGCUCAGUGGCAGCGGCAAGAGCAUGAACGCGAACACCAUCACCAAGUGAAGCCGGCCUCCCUUCCCAUCCCCUCCCCAACUUUAAUAUUAAAUAAAGUUCCCUCCUUAUUUUUUC